AUGGGCUGCCGCCCUUCGAAGAUCGUGGACGAAACCGAGAGUGUAUCAGCCGGUUCUGUGCAGACGGUGCUACGACCGCAUUACCAACAACGAAAACAUCAAGUCAGGUGGGCGAAAGAGGCGUCUUCGCACAGUGGGAGUAGCCGUGUCGACCCUCGCGUGUCUGCAAAAUAUGCCGUCAAGGCUGUACUAGCCAAAGGACGCUUCAGUAGAGUGUUGCGAGUGGAGAACAGGCUAUCGAAACAGCCGUACGCAAUUAAAGUAAUCGAAGCGAGAGACGGCUCGCAUGUUGAGACCGAACUGGCUGUAUUAAGACGCGUGCGGCACCCAAACGUCGUUCGGCUCGACGAAGUGUUCUUCGUUGGGUGUCGUGUGUACAUGGUUAUGGAACUGGCAACCGGCGGCACCCUGCUCGAUAAAGUGGAAAUGUGCGCCCCGUUCGUCGAAGCGGAGGCGGCUCGCGUUAUUGGUAUGGUCGCCUGCGGACUGGCACACCUUCACGACUUGGGCAUUGCGCAUCGGAACCUGCAGCCUGCGAACGUGCUGUACGCUAACCCAGGAGCAGGAGCCAAAGUGAUGAUAGCCGACUUCGGCAAGGCUAGUGCGCCCCGGUCAGGAGGGGAGGCGUACAUGCACACCGCCUGUGGAGGGGAGCUUCACUACAUGGCUCCUGAGCUGGUCGGGCAUCGGCCUUACACCCGCGCCGUGGACAUGUGGGCGUUGGGGGUGAUCGCCUGCCUCCUGCUCACUGGCAUGCUGCCUUUCCAUGCGGACAACGAUGCUGACGUUAUGAAGCUCAUCCAGAGGGCAGAACUGCCUGCGUUAGAGCGGGGCUGGGAACGCGUGUCGGAGGAGGCGAAAUGCGUCAUUCGCCAGCUGCUGCAGUCGAACCCAAAGCAGAGGUUGAGGGCUGCCGAGCUCCUGGAUCAUCCAUGGGUGCUAAGGACGAUGGCAGCCGAUGCUGUGCGCCGGCCGUCGCAGGCGGACUUUGGACAACCGCGCACCUGA